UAGAAUUUUUGUCCUAUUGUUCUAGCAGGACAUAUAUCCAGAGGUCAGCCCAGGUUAACAGUUCCACUGAGCAAGGUCCUGAUAUCAGUGCUCUGUGUGACACUUGGUGUGAGAAGAACUCUACAACGAAAAAGAUGCAGAACGUAACAGAGAACAUCAUGGGAACUCUCCUACCUCCACAGGCUCCGUCCAACGUUGUUCAGCGAAGUAAGAACCAACGUUAUGGCAAGAGGAAGAGCACAACCUAUCUGGGACUGAUUGCUUAUGUCAUACAGGACUCUCCAGACAAGAUGCUCACAUUUACUCAGUUGAUGGACAAGUUGGGAGCUUUCCUCUCAGGAGACAGAAAAGGCAUCGAGAACAACAUCAGGGUCUGCUUAUCAUCCAACGAUUGUUUUGUCAAGGUUCCAGUCAGUCCAUAUAUGUCAAACUCAAAAAAGAACUUCUGGAAAUUCGACGAGAGGCAAAUAACAGCGAAGAUGGCAAGACGCCACUUCAAGGGCAUACUGGACUUGUUCCCCGAGUUGUCCACCAAAGUGCGAAUGGAGGCAGAACAGAUAUCAGAACGCUCUGCCGCGGUCUUCUCACCAAAACCAACCCUCGCCAGCCCUCAAAUGCAGAAUAAUAAUGAGGUGAACUUUAGCAGUCCUUUCUCCAUCGAAUCCAUCUUGAAAUACUCCAGACCCAACGCUGCUCCUCGUUUUGCCGACCCACCGCCUCACUGUUAUUUGAAGUACCCUGUGCCCAGGUACGCUUGUGAUGCUCACCAUUUUGGAUUGUAACUAACUUUUUUUCUUCAUUUAUUUUCAUCGUGCACUGUUAACUUUUGUGUAUUUUUUCAAUAAAGUCUACUUGGAAA